CGUGGGACACAAGAUUGCAUUGGUUGUUGUAACGUCUCUUGUAUGCCUUGUUCAUGCUUGUACGACAUUUGUAGCACUGCUACAGUAGCAGUCGAUAAAAAGGAAUGCGAAGAAGAUUCGUGAGGAAUAACGCACACGCAAGACCGAUAGGUUCUCCACAAUCUGUAAAAAAAUCAGACCUUCCGUCUUCGUAAGGUACAUAAACUCUGAUUAACAUCGAAGUCUGACAACUGUCAAAUGACAAGCCCACUUGAAAGAUUGCGUUCCAAAGAGUGAAAUGGCAGCAGAGAUAAAACCCGCUCCAGGAGUAAAUCAUGACAAAUUCAGCACAAGCCGCAAACCUGUGCUUCUGUCGAAAUUAGAGGGAUGCAAUGACGAUGUUAAUGCAGCGAUUAUCAUACCGCGGGAAGAAGGUGUAAUUAGCGUUUGUGAUGACAGAACUGUUAGAGUCUGGUUGAAACGCGAUUCCGGCCAAUAUUGGCCUAGUGUUUGUCAAUACAUGGCUGCUGGCGCAACGUCGAUGCACUAUUGUGUGGAGACUAGGCAACUGUUUGUUGGUUUAGAGAACGGAACCAUAAAUGAAUUUAUCGUGGAACAAGACUAUAACCGAAUGACUGCUAUGCGCGAAUAUUCUGCACACCAGGCAAGAGUUACAGGCGUUAUAUUCGCAUCGAAUUGCGAAUGGGUUCUGAGCGUAGGUCGUGAUAAAAUGUUUCAAUUGCAUUGCUCGGAAAGUGGUCAAAAAUUGGGAUCGUAUCAGACGGAUGCCUGGUACACUGCACUGCAAUUCGACCCGCAAUCUAAACAUGCUUUUGUCGGUGAUUAUUCUGGACAAAUAGCAAUGUUGAAAUUGGACACUAACGGUGUCACUCUAAUCACGACGUUAAAAGCACAUACAGGAAGUAUUCACACUUUAGCAUGGGACUGUGAAAAGCAACUUUUGUUUUCUGGAAGUUUUGAUCAGAAUAUAAUAGUAUGGGAUAUCGGUGGACGACAAGGUACAGCGUAUGAACUUCAAGGACAUCAUAACAAAGUAACGGCACUGUGCUACGCGAGUGCCGAACGGAUAUUAUUGUCCGGGGGAGAAGAUGGAGUAAUAGUUUGUUGGGACAUGGCUGCGAAUAGGAAAGAAACAGCAGCAUGGGUAGAGUCCGAUACGUGCCAAGCUUGCGGAAGGCCAUUCUUUUGGAAUAUCAAAGCAAUGAUGGAUCAACGGCAAUUAGGUCUGAGACAACAUCAUUGUCGCCAUUGCGGUAGCGCGUUAUGUGCCCGAUGUACAUCCCAACGAAUACCAAUACCGGCAAUGGGGUUUGAAUUUGAAGUUAGGGUUUGCGAUCCAUGCCAUAUUCAGCUUAAAGCCGCGAACCAAACAUCUUUAGCAUCCUUUCACGACGCGAAACAUAAUGUCGUUGGGAUGGAUCUCGAUGCUCCCAGACGAAGACUAUUAACGAUCGGUCAAGACCGUCUCAUUAAGAUUUGGGACAUUUCAGCACUUCUUCAGUGAACUUCCAAAUAUGUUUAUUUACAAGUAACGAAACUAAUCAAAUCAUAAGAUAUAAGGAAAAAUAUUGUCAUAUAAUUCAAUGUAAGAGUGUACUAUCUAUCCAGAGCCUAUUUUUGUGACCAUCAAGUCAGUUUGUUUCAUUACAAUCGAAUGGGUUUUUUUAUAUCGCUGUUUGCUUCUUAUAAGAAAUUCGGAAAUAAUGGAUCAAUCUAUGAACCAAAAUGCUAUUCUUAUGAAAUUAGAAACGAAUUCUUAAUUCGCAAGCAUCUUUUAUUUUUAACGAGUAGGAAAAGAAUAAUUCGCAUAUACAAUAUACAUAUACAUAUACAUAUAUAUAUAUAUAUAUAUAUGUACUUGUUAAACAAGUACUAAAUGUUGGUACAUAUAUUUUUAACAUUUCUUAUUUAGCGCAAUCAUAUUGGAAGACGACCAAAGUACGAAUCAAUACAUAAUAUUCGGAUUUUUAAUCCAAUCAUCUUUGUUAUCGAUUUGUUACAACUAAUCGUUAUUUUCUGUCACAUUAAAUCCGUCUGUUAUAAAAGAGAAAAAGUUACAGCGAUUAAAAAGUAGAUGAUAUUGAAUGGCAUUUUAAGCAAUUCCCAUAUAGAAUUAUAAAAAUUGAACAUAAUUUUACUUUUGUUUGAUUUCUAACCAUUUCAUACCAUCCAAAAGUAUACGAAAUUUCUUUAGCCUGUAGAGAAUUUGGUAUUGUUUUCCUAUAAUACUAACACGAACGAUCAUUCUUUAAUUAAUCUGCCAAUGUUACAAGCGCCAACAAAAAUAUAAAUUAUGUGACAUUUUUGGGGAAUGAUUCAAAUUAUUUAAAUGAUAAUAAUUUAUUAAUACAAUGAGAAGUUAUAAGUAACAUAAGUCACUAUAGCUCCUAGUCGUCUCCGUUUGUUGUAACCCUAAUUGUUGAAUAUUAUAAUUUUUUGCCAGCGAACGAGAAAACAUCCCAUCUGAAAGGCUGGUUGACUUCUCGGUGUCCAACGAUUUCUCCAAUCGUUUGAUAAUAGGUACAGGAAAUGCAAAAGUAAGAAGCGAAACGCGGAAGAACGUUGAAUCACGAAAAUGCAAUUAUACUAUAUGUAUGUAUGCUUUCUUAUAAAAUCCCUCGACUUUGUUUAAGCGAUAGAAUUCAAGUACAGUGAUAAUACGCUUCCAUAAAAGUAGCAUACGCGAUUAAAAUAAAGUUUUUAUACAUAUUAUGUCGUAACAAAAAAAUGCAACGUUUAGAGUUAAUUGAUUUACCAUUUUGUUUUCCUUACUUCUGCAUCGAUUCUAUUUAAUAUUAAAUCUGCAUAUCUUGUACCUGAUUGUGCACGCACUUACUACAACAUUGUAGCGGUGUACCGAAUAUUAUAAAUUUCUUUACUAUUACUUGCAACGAAAGCAGUCGCAUUUGUUAUCCAAAUACACUAAAGUUGAUAGGGGGAAAAAACAGAAUCUGCAUUUUAAGUUUAACGAUGUAAGAAUAUAAUUUAUACGAACAUAUCUAUUACAGUAAAUUCGUCUGCAUCCUUGAAUGUAACUCUACUCCAUGUGUUUUUCCAGAAUUAUUUAUGAAAUCCUUGCAUAUUACAGAUAUUUUUGGACCUUGUUACUAUUAUUAUUAUUAUUACUAUUAUUAAUAAUCGAAACCCUUUUAAACAUUUAGCGUCGUGACGCUUUUGCCGUUGCUUCUAGGACUCUAUCAUCGAUAACAAUGCAGCGUGAUAUUAUAACUUUAGUACAGAACCAAUUGAAAUACUCGUAAAAAAAUAGGUCGUUGAAAAUAAAGUAUUAUUCUCGUUACACUGAAAAAUCGUGUUCAUAUAUAAAAAAAAAAAAAAAAUUAUUUUACGCAACUGUUGAAUCGCAAUGUGCAUAACAUCGCCGAUGUUGUGUUGCUCCUGAAAUUCUCACGUAUCGAUGUGUAUAUUAUAAGUUACCGGAAGUCGCAAUACGUGUAUGUGUAACGUUCAUGUGGAAUUCUUAUGAAAUGAAAAUAUAUUUUCAAUGUAAACUAUUUUCGUUUGCCUGUCUCAUUCGAACACGCAUGUUAAAUAAACGACGACUAAUGCUGCGACACCGAACCGUGUGAAAAGAAAAAAAAUCAGGUCACGAUAUAAGUAUACGCAAAAGUUGCAUUCGAUUGGUUUUUGGCGGGUACUUUUUUGUCACGGUUUUGCAGUUACGCUGCAUACAUACUUACACGCCGAUCCAUUAUUAACUUCUCUAUAUUCUAUUUGCCAUUGCUAUCUUCUAUUUCCUUUUGUUUCUAGAUUCGUAUUCGCGGAUAGCAAAUAAAUCAAUUGUAUUUUUCCAACGACUUUCAACAUUUUCAAGUAUGUACUUGGACUAGGUCCUCUCCACAUACUAACUAGUGGCGUCGAAAUCGACUUGAAACAGUGAUUGGACAAGCAGUCGAUCGUCUCUUGUUUCGCGGGCCAUUCGGAGAUAAUUAUUCCAUAAUAUUCAAACGAGAAUCGAAAUUUUU